AAACCAUGCUGAUAUUCUAAACUCAUAGUUCUUUCACACUUGAAUCUUUACAUCUUUGUUUUGUAUUUGUUAAAAGAGAUUGCGCUCAUCUUUCUUCUCUAGCUUUUUAUAUUGAGAGAAAGAAGGAGAAAUAUCAUGAAGGUUCAUGAAGCAAGGUCUUAUUUCCAUACUCAUCCAACUGGUGAUCAUGAAGAGAAAGUGAUGGCAAGGAAGUAGAAGGCAGACCAGCUCAAGACUAAUGAAGGAAGGGAAUCUCCAAAGAAGGCCAAGGCUGAGGUUGACAAUGACCACUCUAAUGGAAAAUCUGCAUCUGAUGUAGCUAAAGAGUUUGAAGAGUUCUCUAAAGCUGUCAGAGAGCACUUAUCUGAUACACAAAUGAGAGAAAUCUUUGAAGCUAAUGGCCAAGAUUCCUCUGGCUCUGGUACUUCUGUUGUCAUCAAAUGCCUAGAUAUGCUGUUUUAUGGACCAUUGGAGAAGUGUCCAAUUUGCAGUGGAGAUUUGGAGUUUGAUGGUAACCGCUAUUCUUGCACGGGAUCUUAUAGCGAGUGGUCUUCUUGCGUCUAUAAAACAAGAAAUCCACCAAGGAAACAACAGCCAGUCAAAUUGCCUGAUUUUGUCCUGAAUUCUCCCGUUGCUGAUAUAAAUUUUGUUGACGAAUCUCAUUCUUUAUAUGUAACUUAACAAAUUUAGUUACUUUACUGAGUUCUGUCCUUCUUGCUGUAGUUGAUAAAGAAAUGUCAGGAUCCAAGUCGCCGGCCUCACCGUUUUGUAGGAGUUACAGACAAACCCUUCUUAGAAAUGAUGAUUUCCCUGAUGAGCCGUCUUAGUCGUGCACAUCAGUACUGGAAAUCCCAGAUCCAAAAACAUGGAGGGAAAGUCUCCAGCUCUGUCAUUGGUGUGACUUGCUUGGUUGCUUCACCUGCCGAGAGAGAGCGCGGUGGCUCAUCCAAACUGAUAGAAGCAAUGGAGAGAGGCUUACGAGUGGUGAGUGAAGCUUGGUUACUUGACAGGAUUGAGAAACAAGAAGUUCAGCCUUUGGAAGCCUAUGAUAUUGUUUCUGAUCUUGCUGUUGACGGCAAAGGAAUUCCAUUGGAUAAACAAGAUCCCGAAAGCAUACUUGAGUCACUUUCAGCAGAACUCAAGCUAUAUGGAAAAAGAGGAGUCUACAAGGAUUCAAAAUUGCGGGAGCAAGGUGGCCAAAUCUUUGAGAAAGAUGGGAUAUUGUACAUCGCCUUUUCUCUUUGUGACCAAGGACGAGGCAUUAAUGAGUAUUGUAUCAUGCAACUGAUCAAGGUCCCAGAGAGUAACCUCCACUUGUACUAAAAGAAAGGGAGAGUAGGCGAUGAUCCUAAUGCUGAGCAGCGACUUGAGGAAUGGAAAAAAAUAGACGGUGCGGAAGGAGUUUGUCAGGCUCUUGAAGAAGUCACUGGUAAUGAGUUUGAGCCAUGGGAGAGGGAGAAGAAGUUCCAGAAGAAACCACUGAAGUUUUAUCCCAUGGACAUGGAUGACGGAGUGGAUGUGAGACAUGGAGGACUUGGCCUUCAGCCUGGGGUUGCAGCAGCACAUAGUAAACUUGAACCGCUGGUUGCAAACUUUAUGAAGGUUUUGUGCAGUCAGGAGAUUUACAAGUAUGCUCUGAUGGAGAUGGAUCUAGAUACCCCUGAUUUACCAAUGGGGAUGCUCUCUAAUGUCCAUUUGAAAAGAUGCGAGGAGGUUCUGCAAGAGUUUGUAGAGAAAGUGAAAUCAAUGAACGAGUCAGGACCAAAAGCUGUGGCUGUUUGGUCAGACCUUAGCCAAAGAUGGUUUACUCUGAUGCACUCCACCAGACCUUUCGUCUUCAGGGACUAUCAAGAACUUGCAGAUCAUGGUGCAGCUGCAUUCGAGAGUGUUCGUGACAUUGUUGUGGCUUCAUAUGUUAUAGGAGAUAUCGGUGAUGAUACCCUUGAUGGCCCAUUGUCUGGUAGGUACAAGAGAAUAGGGUGCUCAAUAUCUUCAGUGGAUAAAGAUUCAGAUGACUACAAGAUGAUCGUCAAUUAUUUGGAAAAAACCUAUGAACGCAAACUUCCAGACAUUGAAUAUGGGAUAUCAGAUGAUAACAUCUUCGCUGUAGAGACUAAUGAAGGCCCCUCUUUUGAUGAAGUAAAGAAGCUGCCAAACAAAAUCCUCCUGUGGUGCGGUACCAGGAGCUCAAACCUGUUGAGGCAUUUGCAUAAAGGCUUCCUGCCAGCAAGCUGCUCUUUACCAGUGCCCGGUUACAUGUUUGGGAGGGGCAUCGUUUGCUCUGAUACUGCUGCAGAAGCAGCCAGAUAUGGCUUUUCUGCUGUAGACAGGCCCGAUGGAUUCUUGGUUCUGGCUGUGGCUUCUCAAGGGGAAGAAAUUGUUGAGCUCAAGGGCCCACCUGAGGAUACAAAGUCAUUGGAAGAGAAGAAGGUUGGUGUGAAGGGAUUGGGGAGAGAGAAACCAGAUGACUCAGAAUUUAUAAAUUGGAAGGGUGAUAUCAAUAUCCCUUGUGGUCGUUUGAUCCCCUCAGAGUAUAAUGAGUACACUGUCUAUGAUCCCAAACAGGUGAGCCUAAGGUUCUUGGUGGGGGUGAAGUAUGACGAGAAAGGUGUGGUGAUGGACACCGAGGGCUAAAGGAGGAAGAGCAAGGAAGGGUUUACUGUAUAGGGUGUCUUGACCAUUUUCUGACUUUUGCUUAAGGGACGUUGGGGAAAGCUAUAAGAUGGUGC